CGGGGGGCGAGGAUCGCAGGCGGCCGGCCGGCCGGACCAGGCUGCCUUCCCUUCGCCGCCCUGUCCUUCUUAAAGCAGCCGCCCGCUCCGUGUCCUGACUCGAACCAUGGAGCCCGCCUUCGGGGAAGUGAACCAGCUCGGCGGAGUCUUCGUCAACGGGCGCCCUUUGCCGAACGCCAUCCGGCUCCGGAUCGUUGAACUGGCCCAGCUAGGCAUCCGGCCGUGCGACAUCAGCCGGCAACUGCGCGUCUCCCACGGCUGUGUCAGCAAGAUCCUGGCUCGCUACAACGAGACCGGUUCCAUCUUACCCGGAGCUAUCGGAGGCAGCAAGCCGCGGGUCACCACCCCGACGGUGGUGAAACAUAUCCGGACCUACAAACAAAGGGACCCCGGGAUCUUCGCCUGGGAGAUCCGGGACCGGCUGCUGGCCGACGGCGUGUGCGAUAAAUACAAUGUGCCCUCGGUCAGCUCCAUCAGCCGAAUCCUGCGCAACAAAAUCGGGAAUCUCUCGCAGCAAAGUCACUACGAUUCCUACAAACAGCACCAGGCCGCUCCGCAACCCGCCCUGCCUUAUAACCACAUCUACUCCUACCCGAGUCCGAUCGCUACCGCGGGAGCCAAGGGGCCUACCCCGCCGGGCGUGCCGACCAUCCACAGCACCGUCCACAUGCCUCGGACCUGGCCGUCGUCCCACUCCGUCACCGACAUCUUAGGAAUCCGGUCCAUAACAGACCAAGUGAGCGACAGCUCGCCCUAUCACAGCCCCAAGGUGGAAGAGUGGAGCAGCCUCAGCAGAAGCGGCUUCGCGGCCACGGCUCAGCACGUCGCGGUGAACGGGUUGGACAAGGGCUCCCUGGAACAAGAGGCCAAGUAUAGCCAGGCACCAAGCGGUCUUCCAACAGUUGGAAGUUUUGUCUCUGCACCAACGAUGGCACCUUACCCAACCGCUGCGCAGGUGUCUCCUUACAUGGCCUACAGUACAGCUCCUUCUGGUUAUGUAGCUAGCCAUGGCUGGCAGCAUGCUGGAGGCACUCCGCUUUCACCUCACAACUGUGACAUCCCUGCAUCGCUGGCUUUCAAAGGCAUGCAGACAGCCAGAGAAGGUAGUCAUUCAGUCACAGCCUCAGCACUCUGA